AUGGAUGAUUGGUUCGGAGAGCUUCUCAAUGCCUCAUCUUCAAAGCGACCAGCCGAAUCUAUGCAGCCUGCUGAAGGGCCUUGUCCAAAAGCUGAUAUCUCUCCAUGCCUCUCCCCGGCUGUAUCUGAGGACAGUGGUGAUGCAGUUGCUGCUUUGCUAAGUGAGCUGGGUGAGACAUUUGAUUCGGAACCUAUGUGCCAUGUUGUUGAGCUGGCUGCAGCCGAAGUUUCUGAGAACCCUCAAGCUAGCGAGGCUUUACGGGAGUUUGCAGCGGUUAGGCCCAAUGAUGCAGAACAACGGGGGCAUGAUGUGUUGGUGAAGCACGAGUUAUCAUGCCCAGUUGAGAUUAACAAGGUUGACCUCUCUGACACAAAGCGUUUCAAGAAUUGGCCAUACAUCAAGUUUUCCACAUGGGUCAAAUAUCUUUUGGAUUCUGGACGUUUGGCGCAACAGUUGUGUGCUUGUGCGGAUCUACAAAGUAUGCAAGUGAAGCUACAAGAGUUCUGGCUACGCUAUGAAGCCAUAGACCCGGAACACCAAAUCUUCGCUAUGAGGGAUGCUGGUACAGUAGACCUGAAAUGGGUUAUCCCAGUCUAUAGUCAUUCCGACGAGGGUCGGGGCCAUAAAAAACAAGCGUUUUGGCUGUUGAGCACUCAUGGGGCAUUAGGCCGUGGAACGAGGGCAUUUCUCAAGAAAUCGAAGGAUAAGCUACCUUUGAAAAGAAAUGGGUUUGGUCUCAAUUUUUGUGGCCAUACUUGGACAACAAAUUUUCUUUUCAGCUGCAUGCUGCGAAAGUUCUUCAAGAAGGACCCGGAGAUCCUCCAUAGUUUGGUUGGUGUCUAUGCCAGGGACAUGGAGGACCUAUUGUUGAACGGUGUUAGCAGUACGGACGGGCUGAUUCAGGUUCGGUGCUGUCAUUUGGGGACAAAGGGAGACCUCCCAGCUCUUGCUAAGCUGGGAAGAAUGAAUCAUACGUUUGGGAAUGUCCCAAAGAAAGCAGCAUCAAAGAAACCUUGUGAGGGAAUUUGUUGGAUGUGCUGUGCUGGUCGUGAGUCCAAUCCAUCCCAGAAUAUCUCUGCUAUCCCAUUUGAAGACACCUCGGGUAAGCCUCUUUGGGAAGGAACGCUGGGUCAACAAGAUGCAUGUGAUGGAAUGCCUGCUAUACUGGAAGGUGUUCCAUUGCUAGAGGAGAACAGGUGGCAAUUCUUCAAGACAGACCUCUGGCACAAUUUUCACCUAGGUGUUGCCAAGCAUUAUGUUGCCAGCGCUCUAGUCUCAAUCUUGGAAAACGUGGAUCUUGAG